GCGCCCCGCCCCCCGGCCCGUCAAGCGCGCGCUCAGGGUCCCUCGAGCCGGCGACCCCUCACUGGCGCCCCAACGGACCCUCAGUGCCGGACACUGCGGGACUUCAGCUUUGACAGCACAGCCCAGGCUCCUCCGCGGGGCGGCGCGCGGGCUCCUGGGAAAUGUAGUCCGGCCCCGCGUCCCCCUCGGUCCAGACUGCCGACACCCGGAGGCAGGCAGAGAUGAACGGGAGAACUCCUGGUAAAAAUGCAUCCCUCCUGUGACUGAACUGGAGAAACAAAAAUAGAAACAUACUGAUCUCUCUACUCUUUUGUGUAGGCUUAUGUACUUACAAAAUGGCAGUUAUCGACCUAUCCUCCACAUGGGCUUUGCCUAAACAGGACUCUGCUUAUUUCCAUCUGAGAAGUGCUGACGAGGAAAGGAUGAUUGCUGUAUUUCUGACAACCUGGUUACAGGAACCAAUGACCUUCAAAGAUAUAGCUGUAGAGUUCACUCAGGAGGAGUGGAUAAUGCUGGAUUCUUCUCAAAGAAGUCUAUACAAAGAUGUGAUGUUGGAAAACUAUCGAAAUCUCACCUCCGUGGAAUAUCAAUUGUGCAAGCUUACCGUGAUCUCCCCAUUGCAUCAAGAAGAGAUAAGGAGUAUGAACAAGAUAAAUCCCCAAGCCAUCUGUCCAGAUCAGAAGAUUCAACCUAAAACCAAAGAAUCAACUAUGCAGAAUAUUUUGGGAGAGGAACCAUUCAAUGCAGUGAAAAUAAAAUUUACAAUGGAUAAUUGGUCCUCCACAUUAAGAGAAGACUGGGAGUGCCAUAAGAUCAGAAAACAGCAUAAGAUUCCUGGGGUACAUUGGAGGCAAGUGACAUAUGCCCCAAAGGAAACAGUAUCUCAGGAGCUAUUCUGUGACUAUCAUGAAUUACAGGAAAACUCUAAACAUAGAUCAAAACUUAUUUUUUCACCAAGCAUUUUCACCUGUAAACAUUGUCAAAACUGUUACUCAGAGAUUGGAUGUUUGAAACACAAUUCAAUCAUAAACAAUUAUGUGAAAAACUCUGUAAGUGAGAAGCUCUAUGAAAGUCACGAAUACAUAGAUACAAAGCUGUGGCAUCUUCAGAGAAAUCAAACAGUACAAAAAGAGUAUAUAUAUUCUAAACAUGGAAUGCACUUCAAGCAUAAUAUGUUUACUAUACCUAACAACUUGCAUAUGGCACCAAAUUCUUGUGAAUGUAAUAAAAACAAAACCCUGUGUCAUCAAUCAUCCCUUAAGAAACAAGGACAAACUCAUAUAGAAAAGAAACAUGAAUGUAAUCAAUGUGGAAAAGCCUUCAAAAGGAUUUCUAAUCUUAUUUUACACAAGAAAAGUCACAUGGGUGAGAAACAAUAUGAAUGUAAAGAAUGCAGUAAAGUGUUCAGUGAUUCCUCAACUUUAAGGAGACAUUUAAGAACUCACACUGGAGAGAAACCCUAUGAAUGUAAUCAAUGUGGAAAAGCUUUCAGUCAAAAAACAUCCCUUAAUGCUCAUGUUAGAACUCACACUGGAGAGAAACCUUAUGAAUGUAAUCAGUGUGGAAAGUCCUUUGGCACAAGCUCUUACCUUAUAGUGCACAAGAGAAUACACACUGGAGAAAAACUCUAUGAAUGCAGUGAGUGUGGAAAAGCCUUCAACACGAGCUCUCACCUUAAAGUUCAUCAGAAAAUUCACACUGGAGAGAAUCUUUAUGAAUGCAGUGACUGUGGGAAAGUUUUCAGUGGACUCUCAUCCCUUAGAAUGCACGUAAGAACUCACACCGGAGAGAAACCAUAUGAAUGUAAGGAAUGCAGGAAAGCCUUCAGUGUUUCAUCUUCCCUUAGGAGACAUGUGAGAGUUCACACUGGAGAGAAACCCUAUGAAUGUAUUCAGUGUGGAAAAGCAUUCAGUCAGAGCUCUUCACUUAUUAUACACAAGAGAAUUCAUACUGGAAGAGAAAUCCUAUAAGUGUUAUGAAUGUGGAAUUGCUAUUUUCAUUGUCUUAAGGUAGAUUCCAAUCUCCUUGUCUUAGUCUUUGUUCUCUAGAAUAACCAUUUGAAGUUAUAAAUCUUGUAUAAUAUAAUACCUUGUUCUAUAAAUACUGUCUAAUAACUUUUUUGAUCCAUGGCUAUCUAGAAUUAGGUAUUUUGAAUACAUGAGCUAUGUAUAUUUUCAGUUAUCUUUUUAUUGUUGGUUUCUAGGUUAAUUCCAUCAUUUCUGGAGCAUCUGGACUGUAUUUUACUGCUUUGUUGGUGUUUUUGUGAAAGUUGUUGUAUGGCCCAAUGAGGCUGCUAUUGCUAGUAGCCAACCAGACACAGCUCAUCUUUCCUUACUAGUGAAUUCCAUUUUAGUCAAGAACAACAAGAUCUCUGGUUAUAGAAUUCUUAUUUGACUUCUUGUAGCCAAGGGUAGCAAUGUCAUUCAUUCCUGCUGAUUCAAAAAUAGACUGAUAUCACUGGGAACAGAACUGUCUAUCUUGUCCUCUACUUUUUGCACUUUACCUUUUCCCCUAUGAAUUUUCCGUUCCUACAGCUGCUGAAAGAGCUAUCUAGUGGCCAUGAGAGUGACAACUGUGGCCUAAGGAUGAAGUAGAAGAAAGAGAACCUUGUUCCUCAAAGAAAUCUUUAAAUAGCUGUACCAGCCCUGCACUGCUUGUAUCAGACACAGUUCUAUGGGAGAAAAAUAUAUUAAUUGAUUUUUUUCUUUUUUUCAGUUUUUCAGACAGGGUCUCUGUCAGGCUGGAGUACAGUGGUGUGGUCACAGCUCAUUGCAGCCUCGACCUCCCGGGCUCCAGUGAUCCCCGCUCUGUGUUAGGAUCACAAAUGCAUGCCACCAUGCCUCGCUAAUUUUAAAAAAUAUAUUUUGUAGAGACAUGCUCUUCCUGUCUCUACAGGCUGAUCUCAAACUCCAGGCUGAUCUCAAACUCCUGGGAUCAAGCAGUCCUCCUGCCUUUGCCUCCCAAAGGGCAUGAGUCACCAUGCCUGGCCCUUAACUGAUUUUUUUUUUUAAGCAGUACAUAAAUGUAGUCAAGGCAGUCACCAUAUUGUAGAAAAAAAAAACAGGUAUAUAGAGUUAACUGUCUUAUGUUGGAUGUAUAUAUUUGAAGAGGAACAUAGAAAAAAAAGAGUAUGGAAAAGGAAUGUUGACAGAACUUUUGUGCUUAGGUAACAGAUGAAGAUAGAGCCAAGAUCACUGAAAGCAAGUGUUUAGGGCAGCAAAAAGAUUAUCCCAACAUUGCAGAUAGAGGGGAAGUUACCAAUUUUAAAUGCUGAAUAAAGCAUGAGAUUUUGUUGGUUGGUCUUGCAGAUUCUGACCAGAUUAGUUCCAAUUUGUUAGGAAACAACAUAUGGAAGGGACGGCAUGUGGUGGAAGAAAGAAGGCAGUAGUUGCUGUUUUAGUUAUUCGUAUUAACUUCAGAGGAUUGUGAGAGCCAGAUGAAGAGGUUGGUAUGCAAUUCUAGACCUGAGGAGCUGUCUAGAUAGAGAUAUAAAUUUUAGUGACAUUAGUAAAUAGACUAUAACAUGCUUUGUGAAGGUGAAUAAGAAUGAAAAGAGAAUGACUGACCUAGCCUGAAGACAUACAUUUAAAGGAACCAUAGUAGAGAGAUAAGAGGAAAACAAGAAGAACAGAGUUUCACUGAACCAAGACAAAGGAGUUUCAAAAAGGAAGGUGAAGUUGGCUGGGCACGGUAGUUCACGCCCGUAACCCAGCACUUUGGGAGGCCAAGGCAGGUGGAUCACGAGGUCAGGAAAUCAAGAACAUCCUGGCCAACAAGAUGAAACCCUGUCUCUACUAAAAUACAAAACUUAGCCGAGCGUGGUGGUGCGUGCCUGUAGUCCCAGCUACUCAGGAGCCUGAGGGAGGGGAAUCGCUUGAACAGGAGGCGGAGGUUGCAGUAAGCCGAGAUCGCACCACUGCACUCCAGCCUGGUGACACAGCAAGACUCCUUCUCAAAAAAAAAAAAAAAAAAAAGGGGGCGAAUUAACUAUUUUCAGUGUUACUUAGGGAUCAAAUUAGAUGAAGCCUAAGAAGGUAAACAUAUACAGACAUGUGAAGAUGGCUGUAUAUGUUUAGCUUUUUCGACGUCCUUCUUACUCACCUUCACAGAGCCUGUUACAGUCUAUGAACAUUUGUGAUUGUAGUUGGAAAUAACAGAGUGGUAUGUUGAAGAUGGGUGCUAGACUGGGAAUCAAUAAAGGGCAAAGAAGUAAAGACUAGAUGUAGACAAGUUUGAAUAAUAGAAAAGGUAGUAGCUGGAGAGAAAUUUGGAGUAAAGAGAUAAUACGUUUAAAAUAUUAAAAACUAGAACAUGUUCACAUCCUAAUGUGAUACAUGUAGUAUGGUGAGGUUGAACAUGCACCUUAAUAAAGUUUAAUAUGAGUUUCUGUGAAUGUUAUGGAGAUGUUUAGAGCACAAACAAAAGGAUUGGUGUUUGUCAUCAGGAGGAGGGAUACUCAGGAGUAAAGGAGAAAUGGAUAGGUUGGUUUAAAUUACCUGUUUGUUUACAUACAUCUAAGUUCACUGAGCAGUGGUUAGAAUUUGUGAACUAUAUAAUGCUGUUUGUGUUUCCUAAGAGCUACUAUGUGGGAGCCACUGCUAAUUACUAACCAAAUAUUUAUAUUUGUAUUCUUCAUGAAUGGGUCUUCAGUUUUGCUAACAGUAGUAUCGUAUCUAGCUACAAAACUACCUAUCCCAGCCUCUUUGUAGCCAAGAGAUGCCAUUUCUACUGUUCCUGGCCAAAAAAAUAUACAUAUGGGAUUACAGGUUUCAUGGUAAGGAUGUCUGCUAAGAGUAAGGUGGAUGAAAUACUCGAGGGAGGUUUUAGUGAAGAAGAUCUCUAUAUGUUUGAAAGUCCUUCGAAGUUGUCAACAGGGCCAUCAGUGGAGAAGGCACCAAAGCAACUAGCAAAGUCUAAGUGAAUGAGGAGAGGCCAUUUAAAUAAAAGCCAGAAACAGAGGGAGAAAGUGGUAUAACUAGAUGUUAUGAACCUCAACGGAAGGAGUGAUUCUUACAAGGCUACAAUGGUUAGAAGCAACGUCAGGGAGAAGGAAGAUGCAAUCUUACUUUCUAACCUAUACAUAUGUGGAGAACAUGGGAAUAAGCCCCCCUUUCAUGUGAUUAUUGUCAGGUAGGUGUUUUUUCCUCCCCAGGUAACAGCCAAGUUUAAUGCAAGGAAAUGUUCAGGGAAAUAGUUGAGCAUAUUAAGGAAGUUUAUUACUCGGGAAUCUCAGAGGGCACCAUGAAAGAGUCUCCAGAAGGGCCAGGGUGUAGAGUUUAUGGCUUUGGCAUCAGGAAUACAGUAUUGAUAGAGGAAAAAAGAUCAGAUUGGGGGCCAUUAGCAGUGAAAACAAAAUUUAGAGGGAGUAUAGAUUAAACCUUAGCGGUCUAUUAGAUGAUGGAUACUUAGGUCUAAGAGGAUUCCAAGUAUUUUUUGGUCUCAGGUGUUAGCAGCCAUGGUGGGUACAGCACUAGCAAUCAGUAGUUAGAAAAUGGUCCCAACUGCAUGUGGUCCUUGGGUGAGGAGAUCAUCUUCAGGAGUACUUGGCAAGGGAUUGUGCUCUGCUUGGUUGGGAUUGGAAUUUACACUCUGAUUUUGGCCCAGUGAUCUUGGAACAGUUUCAGCAUCUCAAAUCUGAAAAUCUGAAAUUCAGAACGCUCCAAAACCUGAAACUAUUUAUGUACCAUUAUGACUUUCAAAAGAAGUCCUCAGUGGAGCAUUUAAAAUUUUGGAUUUUCAGAUUUGUGAUGCUCAACUGGAAGGUAUAAUGCAGAUAUUCCAAGAUCCAAUGCACUUCUGGCCCCAAGCAUUCUGGAGAAGGGAUACUCAUCCUAUACACUAGCAGGUAGACUGAGGCACAGUCUCACCCGGCCUCACCUGGAUUUUACUGCGGUAGCCUCCUAACUGGUUUCCUUGACUUUCAUCUUAACAUUGUUUUAUUAUGUUUUCUAUGCAGCUGCCAUCGUAUCCUAUU